AUGUCUUCGUUUCUCCACUACUUUACAUUUAACAAUUCCGCCAAGGAGACUGCACCCGUUAAGGAGGCCCCCAUACGCGCUUUGCCCGCAUCAUGGUACACCUCUCAGGCCAUGUACGAGUUGGAGCGCCGCGCCAUCUUCUCGAAACGAUGGCUCUUCAUCACACAUAGCUCGCGCCUGAAGGAGACUGGCGACUGGCUCCGCUUCAAGGACGUUGCAGGAUUCGACUUCAUCAUCACCCGUGACAGGGCAGGCAACAUCAACGCAUUCCACAACGUAUGCCGACAUCGAGCGUACCCUGUCAUAGAAGAGGAGAACGCCGGCAACAAGAAGAUCCUGGCCUGCAGAUAUCAUGGCUGGAGUUAUGGUCUGAAUGGAAGAUUAGCCAAAGCGCCAGGAUACCAGGAGCUAGAGUUUGAGAAGGAGCAGAAUAGUCUCUUUGCAAUCCACACCAAGAUCGACGGUAACGGCUUCGUUUGGGUCAAUAUGGACGCUUCUGAGAACCCGGAAAUCCCAUGGGAAGAGCACUUUGCGAACGUCGACGUCCAGACCCGGUACAGCCAUCUUAACUUCGACGACUAUGUGCUCGACCACACUUAUGAGCUGGAUUGCAACUACAACUGGAAAAUCGCAUCAGAUAACUUCAACGAAUGUUACCACUGCCCCACGACCCACCCUGACAUCCCAGCGUUCCUCAACUUGGACUCAUUUGAUAGCGACACUGUAGAUGGACACAUCCAGCAUCACUGCACCUCGACGCCUGAACAACUUGCAAAAGGCCUGGAUGUCCACAGCACAUACUACUUUCCAAACGUGUCCAUGUCAGCGUCUCCACACUUUAUGAUGAUCCAGAAAUUCCUCCCGUCUGGACCCAAUAACUCGAACAUCACGUAUGAAAUCUACAAGAACAAGAACUCGUCAAGCGAGGAAUUUCACCUCAUUGCCGACAUGUACGAGCGCGUCAUGCGCGAGGACAAAGUGCUCUGCAACGCCGCCCAGAAGAACCUCGACAGAGGAGUGUUCGUGAACGGGCAGCUACAUCCCAAGUACGAGAAAGCUCCUCUUUUCUUUCAAAAGACGGUACGGGAAGUCAUCACCGAGCACUUCCAGCGGGAGAAGAAGGAAGGCCGCGAGGUCUGGCCCGCGAGACAAAAAGUAGAAGGUAAUGUUGGCGUGAGCAACGAGGACGAAGAGAUAUGCGCUGGCAUUGCGUGUGGAAACGGCGCACAGAAGGAAGUGUUGGCGUGGUAG